AGCAGCAGCAGAGGAUCGCCAUGCAGUACCAGCCCUCCUCCUCCUCCUCCCCAGGCUCUGGAGCCCUGUAUAGCCCUCUUCCUCUUCCUCCUCCUCCUGCUCCUCACCCUCGAUCCUUCUACAUCGAGAACAUCCUGGGCAGCAGUGGAGGUCCCAUCAUCCCCCCUCCGCAGCCCCUGCCCCCGAUGCCCUCGAUGCCCCUGCCCCCUCCCAGCCUCCCUUCGCCCAAUUCCUCCUUCACCGCCUUGGUCUCCUCCUCCUCCUCCUCCUGCUCUUCCUCCUCUUCCUACCGGACCCCCAUCUACGAGCCCACCCCCCUCCACCCGGCCUUCGCCCACCCCUUGGCCCUGGCUUAUGGGGCUGCAGGGGGGGCCUAUGGGGCGCCAGGGCCCGGGCCCUUCUACCCCUUCCCCCGGGACUACGCCCAAGCCCUCCUCCGGCAGGAGCCCCUGGGGAAGCCACUGCUUUGGAGCCCCUUCAUGCAAAGGCCAUUACACAAGCGGAAAGGUGGCCAGGUGCGCUUCUCCAAUGACCAGACCGUCGAGCUGGAGAAGAAGUUCGAGACGCAAAAGUACCUCUCCCCACCAGAGAGGAAGCGCCUGGCAAAAAUGCUGCAGCUCAGUGAGAGACAGGUUAAAACCUGGUUUCAAAAUCGCCGGGCUAAAUGGAGGCGCCUAAAACAGGAGAAUCCUCAGGCUAGCAAAAAAGAAGAAUCUGGGAACGGGGAAAACCACCACAGUCCCAGGCCAGAAGGAUGCUUGAGUUCUGAGCUAGAGAAAGAGGCUUCUCCCAGCCAGUACACCCUCUCACCCGCCUCCCAGGAAGAUCUCGACUCGGAGGUCUCAGAGGACUCAGAUCAAGAGGUGGAUAUUGAAGGUGACAAGGGUUAUUUGAACAGUCCACAUCAGUAGCAGCCUGUCUCUCCCCACAACCUGGAGAAUGAAUUUUCCCUCAGUUUGCACUUUAAGAAGAGCUGGCUUGACCAAAGCAAUAUACUUGCUACAAAAGGAAAUAUCUUUCAGAGAGGGAAGGAGCAAAGCCCACAGUGGUCUAUGUCUUGCAUUAGACCAGUGGAUCCCAACAAGACAAGAAGGUUCAGGGACUCAGCAAGAAAAUAUUUGUGUUUUUGCUGGGAUUGCUCUAGUCAUCUGUAUAUUCUAGACAAUGUAUUGGUAUGUGGAAUAAAACCUUUUAUUGACUGGUGGCAGAUGCUUACUGGUGGACCAGAGGACAUAGCCACCAUAUGUACUUUUCAACCUGCUCCUUUCCAAGAUCUAAUGACACUUUGUAUUCUUCCUGCUGGUUGGGAGAAAUGCUGGGACAGUUAUGAUCCCAUCACCUUUUAUGAGUGAAAGAAGCCUGGUGCUCUUGAACUAUCUUCAUAAUGUUCUUUUACACAUCCUGCUGGGAAUAUAGUUCCACAUCUUCCUCUGUGAACUGACAACAUGAAGAUCCAUCGCCAGCUGAGGAAAAACAACAACAUCACAAAAUAAACUAUCUGGUUUUCCAAAGUGAAAAUUCUCUGCCAGAACAGGACCAUUUGCAAGAUGUCACAAAUGGAGUGGAUUGCAGAAGUUUUGUAGGCAAUCAUCUUGGUGAAAGUGGGGAGUGGAGUAUAGUAGAUCCCAUCAAGACUGAAAAUGAUGUAUAACUAGCAUGUUUCAUGAUACAUGGGCACUGAGUAUAUGUUGGGA